AUGACCUGUGAUCUCGAACUUGGUAUUAGAGUUUAUUGGAGAGAUUGGAUUUCACAUGAAGAAUUUAAACGUGAAAAUUUAAGCAAAUGUUUUGAUAGCCUUUCUAAUAAUUCUGAACCAUCAAUCAUUUACAAUAACAUUCUAACCACCUUACCUCUCACUUACGGCUGGGAUUGUUACGAUUUCGCCAAAAGUAUAAAGUUGAAGUCUGGCCAACCUCGAGAAUAUAUAAUCUACCAUGCUUACUGGCGUGCUGAUCUACGACCUUUUUGUGACAAACAGAUCGCUACGUUAAAAUCUUUCUUUGCUACUCAAGAUGCAAAAUAUUCUUCUCUCAUUCUCUGGACUAAUGGAAAUAUUUCGACUGUUCCCUCUCUUAAACCGUUGCUUGAGCGUUAUUCCGAUCGAUUCACAAUAAAGCAUUAUAAUUCCGUGAUAGAAAGCCAAGGAACUCCUAUGGAAGGUUCUCCCAACCUUCAACUUAAUGAUAAGCAAGCUUACAUUGAUGGUGACUUGAUUAGACUCCUUGUUUUAUACAAAUAUGGUGGAGUAUGGUUUGACAUGGAUUCUCUUUUUAUACGUGAUUUUGCACCACUCAUGGAGCACGAAUGGCUUGGCCAAUGGGAUUGUUUUAUGCCGAAAGGCUAUCCUUUUAACGGUGCUUUUAUGAGAUUUCGAAAGAAUUCUCCUUAUGUAUGUGAACUCCUUUCCGAAAUGGCUAAUGGACCAGUUCCUAGCAAAUCUUCAAUUGAUUGGGGUGGACCACAAACAACAAUCUUUCCUUGUAUCAGAUCAUCACCUCUUCCAGAAUUGGCUAAAUCUACAUCAAUGUUUUUAGAUGUUCUAAAUGAUCCUGUUGAUGCUGGUCUAGAUUGUGGUUGCAUAGAUGGUGGUGAUUGA